AUGCGCGCGGAUUUGGCCCCUAAUGGCUUUUUCCCGCCCCAUUUCCACUCCAGGGCAACCGAGCUCGUGGUUGUUCUAGAAGGUUCCAUGGAGGUCGGGUUCAUAACCUCGUACCCUAGUUACAAGUACUACAGCAAGAUCCUCGGGCAAGGCGAUGUUUUUGUGGUCCCGGUCGGCCUCGUGCACAACGUGCGUAAUCUUGCUAAAGGAAACAGUGUUGCGUUGGUGGCCUUCAAUAGCCAGAAUCCCGGAUUACAAAUCUUCCAAAUGGGCUCUUCGCAGCUCAACCUGAAAUCGACAGUCACGUUCGACGCUCUCUGCGGCGAGAAGCUCGGAUUUUCUUUGUCUUCUCGGUCGCCCGCCGCCGCCAAAAUUGAUGAUCUGAAGAAGACCAAGGGCGACGAAGGUGCGAAUUCGUCUUCCACGGAGGGGAAAGAUCGCCGGACGAAAAGAGCGCCGAGAUUUGCGGUGGAGUUCGAUGGGCUAAACUGCUUCGAGACGAUUGUACCGUAUUGA